AUGCCGGGUGUUCCACGCAUCCAGAGUAAAACAUACACUACUCCUCGUCGCCCCUUUGAGAAGGAGCGCCUGGACCAGGAGUUGAAGCUGAUUGUCUGGAGAGUGAAAUAUGCCCUGGGUAAAACCCGAAAGGCUGCCCGAGAAUUGUUGGAAGGUAAUGCUCUUCUCCGUCGACUGGUACGCAUUGGUCUACUUGAUGAAGGAAAGAUGAAGCUUGAUUUUGUCUUGGGUCUGCGUUUGGAUGACUUCCUUGAGAGACAUCUGCAGACUCAAGUGUUCAAGCUGGGCCUGGCUAAGAGCAUUCAUCAUGCCCGAGUUCUCAUCAGACAGAGACACAUCAGGGUGCGUAAGCAAGUGGUAAACAUCCCCAGCUAUAUUGUUCGCCUGGACUCCCAGAAACACAUUGACUUCUCUCUGCGCUCACCUUACGGCGGUGGCAGACCAGGACGUGUGAAGAGAAAGAAUGCCAAGAAGGGCCACUCUAGUGAUGAGGAUGCAGAAGUUUAA